AUGCUUGAAAGCAAAUCAGAUUAAAUUGUAGAAAGUUGUCUAAAACAUCCAAUACCUGAUGGUCUAGAUUAAUUUAAAUUUAAAAUAGAAGAAUGGUUAUACAAAUAGAAACAAAAUAAGGCAUUAUUCAUUUGUGAAGAAGAGGGUAAUGACAUUUAAUGUUUGAUUUCAUAUUGGAUGAAAGGUCUAAAUGUAUUAUAUUUGAAAUACUAUUCAACUUUAGAAAGAUAUAGUCAUUCCAUAUUUUGUAGAGCAUGAAAAUUAGAAUUAUUAAUAUGCCAUUUUUUAUGUUUUAUCAAGAUUGAAAGUAAUAAUAAUAAUCAUAUCAAAGACUAUUUUCAAUAUCUCUUAAAAAGUAGAAAUCGAGGGAGAAAAACUCAAAUAGUUUUUUCAAUAUUGGCUUGAAUUUUAUAGUAGAGAAAUAUAAAAUCAAGUAUUUAGUGAUUCAAAAUGCGUUUAUAAAAGAGUAUAAAAUCAACAUAUAAUAUUAGUUGAUCUUGAUAUUUUAAGGAAUAGACAGAUUUCGUGAUUAGAAUGGUGAAGUACGAGCAUCCUAUUGGUUACCUAGAGUUUUGCCUGAAAAUGUAAAAGUAAUUAUGAAUUCAAAUUUUCAAGUUAAUUGUAACAGGAAAGACUGAAUCAAAAGCAUAUGAAUAAUAUUAUAAUUAAGGAGGAACCAUCAUUCAAAUGUAUACAUCUUUCACUAAUAUUGUAUAGAGACUAAACCAAGGAAGAAUUUCUAGAAAGACUUUAAUGCUAAGAUCGUCUAUAUGUAUAUAUAUAAUAAUUAUAAUUAUUAUUAGAAAUUAUAUUCAAAAAUACCUUAAAGUUUGGCUGAUUAAGCAUAUUUUUGUAAAUCUUUUGAAAUCACUCUAACUAAUAAUAAUGAAGAUUUUCAAGAUGUUAUAAAAGAAUCUGUUUCAUAAAUGGAAAGUAUUAAUUAUAUUUUAAUUAUUAGAUAUUAAAAGUGAAAAUGAUUUCUUUAAUAUUUUGAUAAAAUCAUUUUUGAAAUACUUUUCUGAAACACAUUAUAUUUCAAUUUUAACAGUACUUACAUUUGUUUUUAAAGGAGUUUCUUUAGAUGAGAUAGUUUAAAUAUGUAGUUGUGAGAAAGAACAUAUUUAAUAUGUUUAUGAGUUCUUUAAAAUAUUUCUAAUGGAAAAAUAAUAAAUUUAUUGUAUCUUUAGUAUUCCAUUCAAGAAUGCAUUAAUUUAAUACUUACCUUCUAAUAAAUAAUUAUAUCAUUAAUUCAUUACAACUAUGGAACAUUCAUAAAAUACAAUUAGAAAAUUAGAAGAAUUAAUAUAUCAAUAUACUAGAACAAAGAGAUAUUUUAAACUUAAAGAAGUUCUUAUUAAUGUUGAGAACUUUUUAAUGUUGUGUAGUCCAAAUCAUAAAUUUGAAUUAUGUCAUUUAUGGGAAACUUUAGAAUAGAAUGGAUAUGAUCUAGUUAUGGAAUACAAUAAAGCUAUUGAAAAUUUUUAAGCACUCUAUAAACCAACAAAUGAAGGUUUAUUUUAUAUAAUGUUACAAAUUUGUAGAUUUUUAAGAGAAUUUAGUAAUUUUGAGAAGUAUUUAAUUUAUUAUAUUUAGUGAUCAUACACCACCUUAUAAACAUCCAGAAUUAAGAGGAUAAUCAAUUGAAUUUGAUGAGAUUGGUUUAUAUAAUGAAUUAAAAUAAUUAAAAAUGAUAGCAAAAAAGAAAACUAAAUAAAUGAAUGAAGAUUAUUUUCCAUAAUAACAAAGUAAUAUUGAAACAUUAAAUAUGGAUAUAAAAGCUAAUAGAGAUUACUUUAUUAAUUAUUAUAUUAGUUAAUUUGAUUAAAAUUUAGUAUAGGAAUAUAUUAAUACAAAAUAAGAAUAUAUAUUAGAUAAAAUAAUAACAAAUACUAGAAAUUAAUAAAAUUAUUAUUAUAAAAGAUGGAUUUGGGUUUAAUUUCCUUGGUUAGCAUUGACUCAAAAGAAUAAUUAUUCAAAAUUAAUGGAUUAUUAUAAUACAAAUAAUAUACCAAUGUCAGAGGAAUUAUAAAUUAGUUAGAAAGCUAUAAAAUUGGCUUUGAUUGCAAAAUAAACUAAAUAAAUGAAAGAUCAUAAUUGUAAUUCUAUUUUUAUUAUAUAUAUAAUAUAGCUACUAAAUUACCUUCUAUUAAUUCCAGUAUUAGAUUAAGAUAAUUUAGUCCUUUGGAUACAACAAGAAAUACAAAUAUUUUAAAGACAAGAGCAGAUUCUGAACAUAAUAAAACAGAGAGAAAUUUUAAGAAGAUUUCAUUACCAAGUUUAUAGAAAAUUCAAUUUCAAAAGAAAUUAGAUUAAAUUAUUUAUUAGAAGUAAUUUAUUUAAUUGAUAACAUUAGUUAGGUGUUAAAAAAUAGAUUAAAAGAUUAUACUACUAUAAAAUAAAAUAUGUAUCCUGAUGAAGUAAAUGGAGAAACUUAAAAAACAUUAGAGAUUAAUAAAUGUUUAUCUGAAGAAUUAAAGAAAUAAUAAGAGAAUCUAUCUGUUGUUCAAUUAGAAAUGAAAAGAAUGAAUAUUGUUUGGAAAUUAUGUUAAUAGAAUUAGGAUUAUAAUGAAGAUAGAGCAUAAUAAUUAGUUAAACAUUCAAAAAAUUUAGAUAAAUUGAUUUUUGAAUAGAUUACUAUAAUAAGGGAAUUGGGAGACAAAGCUUAAUCAAUUAAAUAAAAAUCGAAAAUAGAAACAAAAAAAGUUUAAUAAGAAAAAAAAUAGAUUUAACAAUAAUUAGAAGCAUCCAGGAGAUUAACAUAUUUCUAAAAUAUACCCCCUUCUCCAGGUAUGAUUUCAAAUAUAGAAAAUUCUUAUUUUUUAGAUACAAAUAAGAAACAUUUAAAUUAGUAGUAAAUUAAUGCCGUUCAUUCUAAUACUGAAGUUAACAAUAGUGGAAACGAAAUCAAGAUUAAGUUUGUUCGUUUGAAAUCUGAAAAAGUGGAAGACAAUAUAUUAAAAUCAUUGAAUUGUGAUGCACACACCUAAGAUCUAUUAAACUAAUUAACAGAUUUAGGUAUAGACAAUCCUUAUCACAAUCCAAAAUGGAUUGAAUUUUGUGAUAAAGUUUUAAAAAAUUAUGAAUUACAAUUAGAAAUUCAAAAUAGAUAAUAAAAAUUAUAAGAUUUAAAAAAUAAUAAGGCAGAAUUAUAAAUAUAAAAAAAGGUAAUUAUUUAAUAACCAAAAGAUUUUAUCAAGAUAAGUUGUCUCCAAAAAUUCAAUAUAAUUUAAUUAACAUUAUUCUGGUUUCUAGAGAGAUGAUAUUAUUAGAUCAAAUGAUUUUAAAAUGAUUCAAUUAAAAGAAUUGAAAUAACAUUAAGCAGUCAUUAAAUUUUAUAAUCAUAAUUUAUAUAAUUUAUUAAGUACAACCCAAAAAUUAACUAGUAAUAAUAUACAUCAUAUGGGUAAUAUAUUAUGUAAAAUGACAUGA